GGACUGGGAGCAGACAGCAAAAAUCUUUAUCCUUUUCUGCUUCCAGUUAUUCAGCUAAGUACAGAUGUUUCUCAGCCUCCACAUGUCUAUCUUCUGGAAGAUGGUUUAGAGUUGUGGUUAGUGACAUUGGAGAAUAGUCCAUGUCUUACACCUGAGCUCCUGACAAUAUUUCAGAACAUGUCUGCACUUCUUGAGCUGAGUUCAGAAUACCUCAAGAAUUGCUUUAAGAUCAUCAAUGCUUAUAUUUUCUUAUCAUCAUCAGAAUUUUUACAGAUGUAUGCUGCUGACUUAUGCCAGUCAUUUUGUGAACUUCUGAAGGACAUAACUACUGAAGGUCAAGUUCAGGUUUUAAAGGUGGUGGAAAAUGUCCUAAAAGUAAACCCUGUUUUGGGUCCUCAAAUGUUUCGAACCCUUCUGCCAUCAGUAUUCAGGGGGAUUAUAGAUGGGGAGAGGUACCCGGUGGUGAUGUCUACUUAUCUGGGGAUCAUGGGUAGAGUUCUACUACAAAAUGCAAGUUUUUUUUCUUUACUUUUGAACCAGAUGGCAUGUGAGUUGGGUCAGGAGUUGGACCAAAUUCUCAGUUGCAUGAUUGAAACAUGGGUUGAUCGGAUGGAUAACAUCACUCAGCCAGAAAGAAGAAAACUUUCUGCUUUGGCAUUGCUUUCACUUCUGCCAUCACUGAAUAGUGUUAUCCAAGAUAAAUUUUGCGGUAUCAUCAACAUUUCAGUGGAAGGGCUGCAUGAUGUUAUGACUGAAGAUUCUGAAACAGGAACAUACAAAGACUGCAUGUUGAUGUCUCAUUUUGAAGAGCCCAAAGUUACAGAAGAUGAAGAACCUCCCACAGAACAAGACAAAAGGAAAAAAAUGCUGGCACUGAAGGACCCUGUACACACUGUGUCAUUGCAGCAGUUCAUCUAUGAGAAGCUAAAGGCACAGCAGGAAAGAGAACAAGGUUUUCAGGCACUUAUGGAAACCGUCGAUACAGAAAUAGUUGCACAGCUACAAGAAUUUUUACAAGGCUUCUAA